UAUUUAUGCAUCCAUUGCGACAUGGCUGCCUGACCGUGGCCAUGUCCAAAGAUCGACCGGGGUCUGGAGGCCUGCGCUCCGGGGCUGACCUGGCCAGUCCCAGCCCAACAGCACGAUAUCGGCAGCCGUCCAGUGGUUCGCGAAGCCCUUCCACUGUGUCGCUCCUGGCGGGUGAGGCGCGAAGCUUGAGCCUCUCCCGGCUGUCACCCGGCGCCACCUUGCGCCCCACGACGCCCACAUACGGAGGUUUUGGCGACCGCUCAAGCACACGGCUUGAGUUGAGUCGAACGGACCUCCUUCAAGGGCUGGAUGUUGGUGACACUGAGACAAGCACGAUCAAGACAGGUGUGGAGGAGCUCCGCUCGGCCGUUCGCGAACUGCAGCGGCAGAUGAAGCAAGCUCCCCGAGCAUGGCGCUCGGACAUUGAAUCAGAAGUACAUGCAAGCCAGGAGAAGAAGACUGGUAGCUGCGUGUGGAGCAGCACCUGGACCUCUCCGACGAGAGGACAAAUCCCCGGCAAGACGGGGAAGGGAAAAGCAAAGGGCCAAGGAAAAGCCCAAGAGAGAACCAGGUCCGCCCGAGCCAUAGAGCGGCGGAUACUACGUGGGGCAGCAAGGCGCGCAGAAGGCUUGCUGAACACCACUGUGGAAGCAGCCAGCGGUACGACCAACAGGCCGGACCACAACGAGCUGGACUACGUGGAAGGCUUGAGACUUCAGGCCGUUCCAGAACAAGAAGUACCAGAGUUUCUGGACGUGAACAGGACUGUGGUUGGUGGUCUGCCAACACACAGCAAAGCAGGAGGAGCGACCAAGCGCGUGUGGGGCAAGUUCGAGAAGGACUACCCGAGCCUCGCCAAGGUCGUACAGUCUACACCGGGUGGAAAGGCGAGAAAGUCCUUCGCCCAGGAAGAAGGAGGUCGACGAGUAGCACAAGGACUCGUUGCACCUAGGGCACAAGUCGUGCCAACCACACUGCCACCGCCUGAGCAGCGUGGAGAAGAAGAAGUAGGAGAAGAAGAAGAAACGCACGCGGCAACUAGCGUGUGGUACUCUGUGGACGAGUUCGGGAACUUCAAGGAGGAGGUCGACGACUCGCCCGAAGAAGAGGAAAGGCCGAAGACCGAGCAAGCGUCUUCAGCGGCAAGUAGCAGCUCAGUGGGUGUCUCCGAAGUCGCCCGAGCUGUUCAGGACCUAGAGCUGAGGAGUCAGAAAGCCUCAGAAGAAAGAAACCCAGAAGGUCGAGAAGAAGGACGGGACUACCAACGUGAGGAGUUGGAGGACCGUGAAGAGCGGGACUACCAGCGUGAGGAGUUGGAGGACCGUGGAAGCAACUGGAGCGAGACAGCUGGCACAGAGGCUGGCAUCGAGGAACAGACGGACAAAUUGACCCGGACUGAAACGGAGCUAGCGCAAAGGACACAGGAUCCCUUGGAUGAUGCUAUGCAAACCCCUGAAGAGGAUUUGUUGGCCAAGGCGAUGUAUACGGAGUUUGAACGAACCUCCAAGAGUGUUUUCUCAGAAGAGGAAAAGGUCUCGAUCUUAGCGCAUGUAGCACCUCCAGAGCUUCAGCAAAGCAUCUUUAUGCACAGCGACGCGUUGGGCACUUACGCGAAGAUUCGAGACUACAUCGAGCAGUACCUCAUCAACAAGAACGUUUGGAAGAGACCGCAAGGAUCCCAGUUUGGAAUCACUAAGGCGGCAAACAAGGUUGAUGACGGAGGACUGAUGGACAUGACUGUGACUGACUCAGCAGAGAGUUUGCUGUCAGUUUUCAACAUGGUGGAAAAGGGUCAUGCCGUGCAUUUUGAAAAGAACAACUGUCAUUUGGUUACGAACCAGAAUGAAAGGAUUCCAUUGGAAUUGCAUGGAAAGAGAUGGUAUUUGAAAGUGAAACAUGAUCAACAAAGUUCGUCAAGUUCAGGAAACGGAAAUUUGAGAACACAAAGAAUAGCACCAGUCAAAGGAGUCAGGUUUGAAGAAGAAAAGGAACCUGAUACCUGGAGAAUGGAGACCAAUGAGGAAGGAGAAUUCGUGGUUCGUGUGCACAACACAGCACGAUUCCAACUAUUCAGCCCAGAGCGAAUGGCUGAUCUUCCUGUUCCAAUCAAUCGACUACUACCUGGUCGACUUACCAAGAUCUAUUUCUCCGAAGAUGGAUCGCAUGUGGAAGACCAGAGUUUGUGGACAAGAAAACAGACAUCUGCCAAGAACAUGGGCAGAGAAUGGCUGGGAGAAUCGUGGUUUAGAUUGAAACCAGAGACUGAAAUUCCUGAAAAGAAGGAUGCAGAGAUUGAAGAAGCAAAGAAAGUUGAAGGAGUACGUGACCCAGACCAAGACAUGGAUGAGUUCUUUUUGGAUUGGGUGUACGUAGAAGAUCGAGUACAACCAGAUCCAAUUGAUCAAGACCAAGCCGAACGUGAAGUGUUUCGAGAGCAAAGACAGCUUCAUGAAGAAGGAGAAGUGAAAGAACAAGCACAGGAGGUAGAUGUACCAAAGGCACCGAGUGCACAACAGCGUGAGGAGCACAGGCUUCAUCAUGCAAAUUUCGAACCUUGGUGUGAAACUUGCAUCAAAGGACAAGGACGAGGUGCACCUCACAGAAGAAGCAAGGAAGACAAGAAAGAACACAUCAUCUACUCCGACUACAUGUUCUUCAGUGUGGAUGGUGAGAUGGUGAAUAGAAGUGAAGGAAAGAAGCAGAAAGGACUGAUCACAGUGCUGACGGCAAUUUGCAAGGACAGCCAGUAUCCCUUCGCCAUGGUGGUCCCAUCAAAAGGAGGAGGGUACUACUCAAGGGAUGCGUUGGCAGCUUGGAUCAGAGAUCUGGGAUGGAACAAAGUGACAAUACAAAUAGAUCAGGAAAAUUCCAUGAACAAGUUGUUUGACAGAGUGAGGGAUCUCAUGCCGGAAAGAGUAGAGAUUCGGAAAUCACCACGGUAUAGCUCACAGUCUCUUGCAGAUGGAGAAAUGGUGAAUGGACUGAUAGCUGGAAAGAUUCGCACAUGGCUGUGUGAGUUGUCUGAAAGCUAUGCAACGAAAAUUGGAACCGAGCACUACGUGUUCCCAUGGAUCGUGCGUCACAGCGCAUGGACUUUGGCAAGGUUUCAUGUCAACAAGAGCAAGACCACAGCGUUUCGUGUGAUAAAGGGCAGAGACUACGUGGGUGAGUUGAUACCAUUUGGAGAGACAGUGAUGGGAAAAUUUCCAAAGGUGAAAGACAAAUCUGCACCUCGAUGGACAAAAGGAAUCUAUGCAGGAAAGAAAGAAAAUUCAGAUGAGCACAUGAUGUUGACAAGUGCCGGAGCUAUUAGUUUCAGAACAGUCCGAAGAUUGCCAGUUGGAUCACAGUUCCAAGAUGCUGUGAUGGAAGUUGCGAGAGGAGUCCCAUGGAAUACAGUGUUGGGAAUCGAGAAAGCAAAGCCAGAAGCAAUCUCAUCGGAGGUGAAAGCAAUUGUGGCACCAGAAAUCGAAGGACAGGAAACCUAUGAUUUCGAGGACAAAUCGAAACAAGAAAACGAGCCGAUCUUUGAUGACAGACCAGAAGCAAUGGCGAAAGCAAAGGUGGUUCACAUACCACAACCUAUUGUACCACCAUUGCGGAAUGCACCAAGAUCAGCUCCAAGUACACCGAAAGGAGGGAAAGCACAGAAGAGCACAAAGAAGGAAGACAAAGCACCAGAGAUGCAGGUGGACGAUGAAGGAGAGAGGAUCGAGAUUGAAGAAAAGGAUUCCAAGAAGCCACGACUGGCAGAGGGUACAACCUCUAGUGCCGUACCGGGCGACACCGGAAUGAAUCCAGGACAACCUGAACUGUACCGCAUAGACACACCAACAGAUGACAACAUGAGUGCAGCGGGCACAGCGUCUCAGGACAUGGUUUCUGGAGUCAGUAACGGUGAAGUUCCAGAUGCGGAAGAAAUGAGGAAGAAAUACCAUAUGCCAGUGAACAAGGACCAUGUAUGGUUUCAGAAGUGGCUAGAUGAGAGAAAGGAGUACUUCCAGAGUGAAAUGGUGGCAAACAUCAUGGACUACCUGGACCAAAUUGGAGCAGCAGAAGAAGAACAAAAGAAAGCUCGAAAGAUGGAGAUCAAGAAGUUGAACGAGGACUUUGGAGCAUUUACACCGAGUGACAAGACAGGACAACCUGUGAUGAUGAAACCACCUAAGGAAUGGCUGGAAGACUACGACGAUUGGUACUUGUUGCAGCCCAAGGAAGUUCAAGAAGAACUCAAGGACGUUCCUAAGGAACAUAUCCUGUGGCAAGUGGAUGGCAACUUGUACGGACGUCAGUCAGCAGCAGCACAGUACAGAGACAGAUUAGAAGAAAUAAUCACCAAAGAGUUACCACCAGAACAAUAUGAGUUUCAGCGAGGAGCAAUCGAUGGAUGUGUGUACAAAUGUGAGAAAACAGGAACAGUGCUGAUUCAUCACAUAGAUGAUUUCGACAUUUGUGGACCCGAGAAAGUUUUGAAUGAUUUGCUGAUGAUUCAAUUUCCAAAGAACGGUUGCAAGCUGAAAAUGGGAGAGAUGGAAUACCCGUUUGUAGGAAGUAAAACAACUUCAGAGUUUCUUGGAAGGACCAAGAUCAAUGUCGAAGAAGCCGUGAUCACGAAACCAAACGCGAAACAUGUAGAGGUGAUACUGAAACAACUGGGUUUGGAAAAUGCCAAGCCUGGACCAGUGCCAGGAAAGAAACUUGACCUGACACAGGACAAAUUGUUGGACGAGAAACAGAAAGCGAUAUAUGCCAGUUGUGUGGGAAGCGCAAUUUACUUAUCUCAGGACAGACCAGACAUAAAGUUCAGUACCAAGGAAUUGGCAAAACGCAUUCGGGAACCAAGGGAAUGCGACAUGGCCAACCUUAAAGUCCUGGGAAGGUAUCUCCGAGGAACCACGAACUAUGGGCAUGUGACAAAGUUGACAGAGGGGAUCGACAUCCGAGAAGGAAUCCCGAUGCACUGCUACUGUGACAGUGACUGGGCAGGAGACCAAGAAAGCAGACGUUCCACAAGCGGUGAGGCGAUUUUCGUAGGUGAACUGGUACGAAACGGAUGCGAGUUGAUAGGACUCGUGGACCUGACUGAGGACACUGGCCGUGGGCAACGGCUGAGACAGCUCUUUGGUGGAUAUCGGGGCCAGGACAUCUGGGCCAUCCUCCGAAAGCUGAAAUCCAUGGAUGACGGCCACGGGUUGCACAGCAUGGCCGACGAAGCCGCCGGCAUAGGAGAUCUACUGGUCACCGUGAAGAUAGUGAAGAUUGAAAACGGAGCACUGCAAGGGGAGGAGCUACAGGUGCCAGCAUCCCCCUGUUGCACAGCGGCUGAGUUUCUCCAGGGUGUGGGUGAGCUGUAUCUAGACAUACAAGAUGCGACCAUGCUGUCCCUCACUGUCGAUGGCAGCAUAGAGCCAAGGCUGACGAUGCGAAUGAGCAAAUUGGCUACCCACAACCUUGAAAUAAGAAUCAAUGAGGACAUGUCUUAUCAAGAUGAGGUCAACGCUGCGGGGAAUCUUGUCAAACAAUUUGCGGCAGAACUCCAGAAGCAAGUUGUAGCGGGAGAUGAGUAUCAAGAUAUCACUGAAACGCCCGAAGCGCUAGAGAUCAUACAACUGCUUCGAGUUCUCCUUGAAGACUAUAAAGUUCCAAGUAAAGGUCCUUCUGGCUGCAAAGGCAUCGUUGAUGAGAUUGUCACAUGGUUCGAGGAGCAGGAGAAGGCGCGUUUCCUUCAUGCUGUCUUCGAUGCCUCAGGGCGUGGCUUGGGCACAGGCUCUGAGGUUGCACCUCUGAAGCAGAUCAGGUCACAGGUGCCAUGGCAAAGGCCAAGGACCCUUGGCCAGUUUCAGCAUGUAGAGGUGACGCCUCAAUUGAUGGUGGAACUUGAAGAACUUGUCCCACCAUACGCAGAAGCUGUGCAGUUGCUUGGAAGUAAAGAGGCUUUCCAGAAGGAGCGGGUCAUUGGGCAACUGGAGAUCGAUCGAAUACUCACUCCAUCCAUCCGUGAUGCCUAUGAAUCCUUGCCAUUACACCUGGAACCGUUGCCUCCGGAAACUGAGCCUCCACCUCCCCCGGGCUGGGCAUCAACUGGUCGUGGUGGGGGUGGUGCUCCCAUUAGUCAACAGAAUGAUGCGCAACGACCUACCUUGCAGAGGGCUUCAACGCUUCCACCUGGAUCUGAACCAUCUGAAAGACACUUGGCGUGGUUCCGACGGUUGGAGUCCAGCACUACGAAGGAGUUGGACAGCUCAGGCGAUGUGGACGAUACUAUCCAUCGAUGGCUGGUGAUACAAAACCACGAGUUUGCCUCUAUUGCGAAGGACCUGCCGGAGUUUCGGCAUGUCUUUUGCAAGUCCAUUUGCUCUGCCUUGGGUCUGCCAGCUCACGGCAACUGUGUAGAGGUGGUGAAUGUGACCAAUGGCAGCAUUAUUGUGGAGUUUCUGCUGCGACCACGAGCGCAUACAGACUCUCGGACAGCCUUUGAGCUUUCCAUGCUGUUGGACAAACAACUCAACUCGCCCUACAGUGCCCUGCGAAGAGGUCCAUUAGGCAAAUACCUGGGCAGUGCCCUGCUGCUGUCGGCUUCUCCACAGACUGUGGCAGAUCCGGAGCUCACGGGUGUGGAAGAAGAGCCAGUGGAAGUGAAGUUGCCAGUCACUGUGCAGAAUGCAAAGGUCCAGACCAAUACCUUUGAGCUGGGCACUCCACGAGCAGCCAUUCUGCGGGGAGCAGCCGCCUCUGGAGCUUGCACUCGACAGGAGGAGGAGGAAGCCAUGCAGAAGCUGCGGGAUGCAGUGCGACAGCUCUACGAAGCGCGGCAGCGGCAAACGAAAGCCAAAGCAGCUGAGAAGCAAGCGCUGAAGGAGAUCCGAGAUCGUGACAUGCUCAUUGCACAACUGAGAGCAGAGCUUGAGGACUAG